AUGCGCCGGUGCGGUCGCCGCAGGGCCGCGACCCCUCCGGCCGCUGCCGGCGGCGGCGGGGAGGUCGCUGUCCCCGAUGCCCAGGAAAAGAGAGAUGGUACAGACCUCAAGACACUAGCUACAAGAUUUUGGAAAGUUGCUGCUCCCUACUGGUGGUCUGAGGAUAAAACCCAAGCAAGGCUGAGGCUUGCUGCUGUGUUUGCUCUCACAUUGGGAACCACAGGGAUUAGUGUUGGAUUUAACUUCCUCGGUCGUGACUUCUACAAUGCCCUUGCUGAUAAGGAUCAACAAAAGUUUACCACGCAACUGCUCUACUACUUGGGUGCUUUUGCUGGAGGAAUUCCGCGACCAUUUCAUAACACCAACAUGAUAACGACAACAAUGAUAGAGCCUUUCAGUCCCAAUCAAGUUGGUACCAACAAAAGCCACAGUAGAGGGAGAGGGAGCAACAUCCUCUAUGGAAUCUACCCACCAUUGUUUAUUGUUCUUGUUGUCUACUCUCUUGGGGGUACUGCUAUUAGUGUCUUCCUUGGUAAGAAUUUGGUCAACUUGAACUUCAUGCAAGAGAAGAAAGAAGCUGAUUUUCGUUACGGACUUGUCCGUGUUAGAGAAAAUGCUGAAUCGAUUGCUUUUUAUGGUGGUGAGGAAAAUGAAUUGCAACUUUUAUUGGAUCGGUUCAGGAGGAUUUUUGAGAACCUAAGUGAAUUGCUGAUAGCUUCUCGGAAUCUGGAGUUUUUCACCAGUGGUUAUCGAUAUUUGAUUCAGAUUCUGCCAGCUGCAGUUGUUGCUCCAAUGUACUUCUCAGGGAAAAUUGAGUUUGGAGUAAUAAACCAAUCGGUGUCUGCUUUCAAUCAUAUCCUCAGUGAUUUUUCUCUCAUUGUUUUCCAAUUUCAGUCAAUUAGUGCAUUCUCAGCAGUUAUUGAUCGUCUAGGUGAAUUUGAUGACCUAUUGGAUGGAAAUGAAUCCUCUCCAUCAUCUCAACGUGAUAGCAUUGAUGGGAUCAACAUUGUUUUCAAAAGCAAUGGUCCUUCUGUUAUUAGUUCUAAUGGAUCACUAACACAAUCUGAUCAAAGCAUGGUUCUGGAAAUUCGUAAUUUGACAUUGUUAACACCAAGAAGUGGAAAUGUUCUUAUUACUGGCCUCACUUUGGAACUAAAAGACAAGGACCACCUACUGGUGAUGGGACCUAGUGGAAGUGGGAAAACCUCACUAUUACGUGCUUUGGCUGGCCUCUGGACUAGUGGUACUGGGGAGAUCAUAUACCAUGUGAGAAAUUCUAUGCAGCUUCAAAAAUCAAAUUCAAGUUCUGAUGAGCCAUCCAACAUGAAUUUAGAAGGUGGAGAAUUGUUGCGAAGUUCCAAGCAAAGAAGAGAUAAUGGCAUAUUCUUCGUCCCACAAAGACCAUAUAUGGUUUUGGGAACACUUCGUCAACAGUUGCUCUAUCCUACAUGGACUGAAAAGGCUCAUCACUCACCAGAUAAUGAUGCUCAAAAUUCAGCAGAUCCUCUUCCUUUUCUGUCUGAAGUCUCCACAUCAGAUGGAGUCAGUGCCAAAUCUGAGGUGCCCACAACGUCUGAACUGAUCAAAGUCCUUGAGGUUGUUAAGUUGGGCUACAUAUUGCCUCGUUUUAAUGGCUUCGACUCUAUGCAUGACUGGGCCAGUGUUCUUUCGCUGGGGGAGCAGCAGCGUCUUGCAUUCGCCCGGUUGUUACUUGCUACACCCACUUUGGUCCUACUGGAUGAGUCGACAAGCGCACUUGAUGAAGCAAAUGAGGCUCAUCUAUACAGUCAGAUUGAAGCUGCAGGCAUUACUUACAUAAGCGUCGGACACCGGAAAACACUUCACAGGUUCCACAACAAGGCCCUGUACAUUUCGAAGUCUGAUUCGACAGACACAAAUCUAGGCAGCUGGGAGCUAAAGCCCACAGACCAGCUUCCACUUGAAGAGUCAUCUCCAUUCCCUUCAUGA